GACACUUUCACAGCAAGGCAAUAGCUUUUAUUUGGUGACCUAAGUCUUAUCAAAAAUGCAUUGAGCUCCGUGCAUGCUGAGGUGCAUUAGAGUUGAUGUCGCACCACAGUUUGUGAUGUAUACAAAAUUGUCAUAGAAUUUUAGAUAAGCAGGACUAUAUGUUGUGAGAGUGCAAAGAAAGAUAAACUGCUGCCCGUCUUCAGAGUCAAAAACAAUGUUGCCAGUUUUAUGGUAAGAAAUCCACACUCGAAGAUGUGGUCGAGGGGCUUGGCAAGAGAACAAAAAUUUGAAGAUGAAGCGUUGGUAGCCUAACUAGAAGAAGCAUUCAAACUCGUUCCAAUGGCGCUCAUUAUAAAUCUAAAAUCAUUAGAUAAUUUACCAGGAAAGGCUGACAGAUUUAUCAAGGUGAAAUUUCGAGGAACAUCCCAGUCAUCUGGUAUCAUUCACAAUUGCAAGGACUGUGCCAUUUUUAAUCAGACUUUCAGUUGGCCUGUUGCCAGAGGACUAGAAAAUGAAGACUUGGUCAGUUUGGAGCUGUACAAUUUCAACAAGUACAAAUCUAAUAAAUUGGUUGGCAAGUUUGAGAUGUAUUUACAAGAACUGGCCGCAACUGGGAACUUGAUCCUAGCAGAUUAUAUUUUGGAUCCAAACAACACUGUAACUGGGAGCAUCAUCAGACUUGAGCUCCAGUAUCACUCACCAGAUGGCACUGUAGGCAACUGGGCCAUUGAUGAAGUCAGUGUCACAGAGUCUUUUAUGACAGAACAAGAUACCGAUUCGGGAGGAAGGAAGAAAAAUGAUGGAACUAGUUUUUUUGGCUCUGCCCAGCAGCUGUUUGAUACAGAUAUCCUUGGUGCCUGGACCAGUGAGGUGGAGUCAGAUGAUGAGGCAACAGGGGAGGUUGCUGUGGGAACAAAAAAUAAACUGAAAGUCAAGCCAAUAAUCGAUGACCUUUGCUUAAAAGAACACAACUUUCAGGUGAAUAUCACAAUCCAUGAGGCCCGUGAGCUGCCAGGCCUGGAUACCAAUCCUAUGGUGAUCAUUGAGGUGGGGACACAGAGGAAGUUCACAAGUGUCAGGAAAUCUACCAACUGCCCUCACUUUGGGGAGUUCUUUGCGUUUGAUUUUAAACUGCCAAAGGAAGCCUUUAUGGAUCAAGUUAUUUCUCUCAUGGUUGUCUCCUCUCAUCUGUUAUCAAAUGCAGGAAAGAUCAUUCAUUCAGGGCUGCUCUCCCAGGCAGGGCAAGCAGGCCAGUUUGUGGGCAACAUGCUGAAUAUGGGAUCCAUAGUUGGUGGAUAUAAAAUAGAUGUCCGUACAGUGUAUGACAACACUGAUCACCAGUUUUGUCAAAGAUGGGCCCAGCUGAUAGACCCAAAGGAUAUUAAUGGUGGACUGAAGGGUUUCCUCAAAGUUGACAUCACUGUGCUAAGCAAAGGGGAAGGUACUCAGUAUGGAAAGGACACAAAGAGAGAGGGUAUGUCAGAGGAGGAGCUGUUGUCAAAGAAGUCUGAUACAGAAAACAUUCAGCAGAACCUGUUGCUCCCUAGAGGUAUUCCAGAGGUUCGCCACCGUGCUUCGUACCAGGUGAGAAUCUAUAAGGCAGAAGACUUACCUAGGAUGAAGUCUGGGUUGAUGGCUAAUGUGAAGAAAGCCAUGACUGGAGAUGACAGGCCCUCAGUUAGUCCUUAUGUUCAGGUCUCAUUUGCUGGACAAACAGGCCGUACUUCUGCAGACAAGUCUACCUAUGACCCUGCUUGGAAUGAGCAGGUGGUGUUCACGGAUCUGUUCCCCCCUCUCUGCCAGAGGAUUAAGGUUCAGCUGCGGGAUGAUGACAUGGUCCUGGACUCUGUGAUAGGGACACACUAUGUUAAUAUGAACCAUAUAUCAAGCAGGGGAGCCAAAGGGUUCAUGCACACAUUUGGUCCAUGCUGGGUCAAUCUGUAUGGCUCUCCCAGGGGUUACAUGCUCACUGACAGCCAUGACUACUUGAAUGAUGGGAUAGGUGAAGGUGUUGCCUAUAGGGGGCGCCUGCUUAUUGCAGUGAAAGUUGAAAUCCUAGGAAAUUCGGAGUCCAGUCCAUUGCAAGUGACACGUGAAGCUACAAUGCCAAUUUCUGAGAAUGCAGCAGGUGUUAAAAUGGAAUACUUUCUCUGGGGUACUAUUUUGGAAGCAACAAUGAUUGAUAAGAAGUUUGCAGACAAGUUUGUUUCAUUUGAACUAAGUAUGGGUAACUAUGGCAAUUCCAUAGAUGGAAAACAUUUCUACAGACACACAUCUCUGGAUGAACACGCACAAGAAGAACCUCAACAGGAGACUGAGGAAAUGGUGCUCAACCAGACACCACCAAUGAAACCCCAUAGUAGAGGGAAAAAUUACUACCACAUACCCUUUCAUGAGAAAAAGCCGUGUUUGUAUGCUAAAACCAGAUUUGAAGACCAGCGACAGAGGUUACAGCGCACUAAUGUUCUGAAUGCAAUGGUGGAAUCUCUAGAAGAUGAACUGAAAGAGGUUCAACAUCUUCUGGACCAUGAAGAACCAGGGGGCAAACGCAUGCGCCGUGCUCUGAGUCAUUUUGCUAACAGCUGUAGCCAGUUUUGUAACUCUAUCCAUGGACAGGCAGCAAGAGCAACAUCGGGAAAAACCAAAUUAGACAAGGAAAGACUGAAAAUGCUGGAAAGAAAGAUUAGUAAAUUUGGAACAGAGGCAAGGCAACUCAAGGCAGGUAUCAAAUCAGUUGAAGACACUGAAAAAGUUUUAGAAGCUAUGAAGAAAUCCAAACAGAUGUUGAAGAAAGUCAAGGACAUUUCAGAAGAGCCACAGCAUAGCAUUCCUGAUGUGUUUAUUUGGAUGAUCGUAGACAAAAAACGUAUAGCCUACUGCAGAAUAGAUUCUAAAACAAUCCUACACUCUACUGCAGAAGAGGAGAUGGGCAGAUACUGUGGGAAAGUUCAUACUAGAUUUCUUAGGUUACCAGGAAAGAAGGCAAUGGGGAGCUCAGGCUGGACCAUCCAGGCCAAAUUGGAAGUAUACCUGUGGCUUGGAAGUAUGAAGAACAUCAAGGCAGCUCUGUCUGGGCUCCACAGUGGCUACAACUCUUCACCUGAACUUAAGCACUUUGGGGAAAAGACCCAUGCUCUUCCAACACAAAUAGUUUAUGCAGAAAAAUCCCAUUUCCAGCUCAGGGCACAUGUUUAUGGUGCCCGCGGUUUAGUAGGGUCAGAUGAGUCUGGCCUGUCUGAUCCCUUUGCCCAUGUGGUGUGUGGUGAUGGGUUUGCCACCACUCAGGUCAUCCCCACCACGCUGACCCCACUGUGGGAUGAGACCCUGGUCCUGGAGAAGCUGUGUAUCUAUGGGGACAUAGAGGAGGUGGCCAGAGAACCACCUCUGGUGCUCAUUGAGGUGUUUGAUGAGGACAGAGUGGGCUCUGCAGAGUUUCUAGGGCGUACCUUGGCCAAACCCAAAGUAAAAGUGGAAGAUGAAGGAUACAUAGAACCAAAGUUUCCUGCUCUCUUAGAUUGGUAUGACAUCUAUAGAGGACCAAUGCAGUGUGGAGAAAUUUUAGCUUCAUUUGAAUUGUUUCAGAUAAAUGAGGAUGACAAAGACUUUGAUGAUCUUCCAAAACUCGGUGAGAAAGUGGUCGUAAAAAAGAAUGUGAAGAAAAAACCCAAAGGUAAAGACAAAAGCCAGGCAGUUGUAGAAGACAUUGUGAUACACAGGGUGCCCAAGGAAAUCAGACCAACUCUAAGCAAAUACAGGAUUGAGGUGUUAUUCUGGGGAUUACGGGAGUUGAAGAGGUUGAUGCUGCUAAGUGUAGACAAGCCCAGGUUGGACAUAGAAAUUGGCAAGACCAUCAUCUCAAGUGAUGUCAUCAUGGAGGCCAGCAAAAACCCAAACUUUCCUAACAUGGUGAAAUAUGAUGAAGUGAUGUUGCCGGACAAUGACCAUUACUGCCCACCUAUAACUAUCCGUUGUGUGGACUGCCGUAGCUUUGGCCGAUUUGAGCUAGUUGGCAUCCAUGUCAUCAGUGCCAUACAUAAAUACAGGAUCAAGGCCGACCAACAGACUGACUGUUCCAAGGACACUGUCAGCCUGGUUUCUGUACCUAAUGGAACUGUCACCAAUGGAAGUGUUGUAGGGGUUCCUGAAGUAGAUUUUGUCACCCCUGGUAAACUUCAUGGGGAGAAGAAUGGACUCACAGCAGGAAAAGAUCGCAGAAAAUCUAAAGGAUCUAUUAUGGCAGUUGAUGAAGUGGCCAUAGAGAUAGAUGAAAAAGCUCCAUUGUUACCAAACAAAACUGAGUUACCAGGAAAGAAGGCAAUGGGGAGCUCAGGCUGGACUAUCCAGGCCAAAUUGGAAGUAUACCUGUGGCUUGGAAGUAUGAAGAACAUCAAGGCAGCUCUGUCUGGGCUCCACAGUGGCUACAACUCUUCACCUGAACUUAAGCACUUUGGGGAAAAGACCCAUGCUCUGCCAACACAAAUAGUUUACGCAGAAAAAUCACAUUUCCAGCUCAGGGCACAUGUGUAUGGUGCCCGCGGUUUAGUAGGGUCAGAUGAGUCUGGCCUGUCUGAUCCCUUUGCCCAUGUGGUGUGCGGUGAUGGGUUUGCUACUACUCAGGUCAUCCCCACCACGCUGACCCCACUGUGGGAUGAGACCCUGGUCCUGGAGAAGCUGUGUAUCUAUGGGGACAUAGAGGAGGUGGCCAGAGAACCACCUCUGGUGCUCAUUGAGGUGUUUGAUGAGGACAGAGUGGGCUCUGCAGAGUUUUUAGGGCGUACCUUGGCCAAACCCAAAGUAAAAGUGGAAGAUGAAGGAUACAUAGAACCAAAGUUUCCUGCUCUCUUAGAUUGGUAUGACAUCUAUAGAGGGCCAAUGCAGUGUGGAGAAAUUUUAGCUUCAUUUGAAUUGUUUCAGAUAAAUGAGGAUGACAAAGACUUCGAUGAUCUUCCAAAACUCGGUGAGAAAGUGGUCGUAAAAAAGAAUGUGAAGAAAAAACCCAAAGGUAAAGACAAAAGCCAGGCAGUUGUAGAAGACAUUGUGAUACACAGGGUGCCCAAGGAAAUCAGACCAUCUCUAAGCAAAUACAGGAUUGAGGUGUUAUUCUGGGGAUUACGGGAGUUGAAGAGGUUGAUGCUGCUAAGUGUAGACAAGCCCAGGGUGGACAUAGAAAUUGGCAAGACCAUCAUCUCAAGUGAUGUCAUCAUGGAGGCCAGCAAAAACCCAAACUUUCCUAACAUGGUGAAAUAUGAUGAAGUGAUGUUGCCGGACAAUGACCAUUACUGCCCACCUAUAACUAUCCGUUGUGUGGACUGUCGUAGCUUUGGCCGAUUUGAGCUAGUUGGCAUCCAUGUCAUCAGUGCCAUACAUAAAUACAGGAUCAAGGCCGACCAACAGACUGACUAUUCCAAGGACACUGUCAGCCUGGUUUCUGUACCUAAUGGAACUGUCACCAAUGGAAGUGUUGUAGGGGUUCCUGAGGUUGAUUUUGUCACCCCUGGUAAACUUCAUGGGGAGAAGAAUGGACUCACAGUAGGAAAAGAUCGCAGAAAAUCUAAAGGAUCUAUUUUGGCAGUUGAUGAAGUGGCCAUAGAGAUAGAUGAAAAAGCUCCAUUGUUACCAAACAAAACUGAGGCCUUGACUGAAGAGGAAGAGGAAGCACUAGACUGGUGGACAAGAUUUCAUGCUUCUUGGGAAACUUUUGAGAAGCUGGAAUCUGAAAGAAAAGAACAAGAAAGAAAGGAACUUGGACUGGAUAAAGAAGAUGAAAUGGGAUUUGGAAAAAUUGAGAUUCCAAAAGGUAUUAUCGCAAAAUUAUCUGUUCGCAAGAAAUCUACUUCAAGCAAAAUAAACAAAAUCAAGGGUGCGACCAACCAAGCAUUUGAUGAUUUGGAUGAUUUUUUUGAUGAACCAGAGGAUGACAAAGCCAAUAUUCCACAGUUUACAGUGUACAAUGGCAAACUUGAAGAUCAGCCAGAGUUUGAGAAGUUUCAGGACCUUUUGCAUUCCUUCACAUUGAAGAGAGGCAAAAAGACUGAUGAUGAAGAGGAUGAUGACCAUAGAAUAGCAGGGAUAUUUAAGGGUUGCUUUAGAAUCUAUAAACUAGACAAAGAGGAAGAAGCAUUAAGAUCUCUGGGACUCAAAAGUUUGCAUCCAAAAUUGGGAACUUUUCAAGGAGUACCAAAGAAUGACAUGAUAGGAGCAUGGGUGAGAGUGUAUGUGAUACAGGCCACGGAUCUUCACCCAGCAGAUGUCAAUGGUAAAGCAGACCCCUAUGUUGUACUUAAACUGGGGAAGACAGUCAUUGAUGACAAGGAGCAGAAAAUAAAUUGCACACUUAACCCUGUAUUUGGAAAAUGUUACAGCUUUGAUGCUGAAUUCCCAUUGUCCACUGUGCUGACCAUCCAGAUCUAUGACUGGGACCAAGUGGGCAUGGAUGAUCUGAUAGGACAAACACAGAUAGACCUGGAGGACAGGUUUUAUAGUAAACACAGGGGGACAUGUGGUUUAGCAAGAACAUAUGAGAGCCAUGGUUUUAACCAGUGGAGAGACACCCAAAAACCUUCUCAGAUUCUCCAGGGCCUGUGUCAGACUGCUGGUAUAGAGCAACCUGUGUAUGAUAAAGUAAGAGGAAGUGUGAAGAUUGCUGGCAGAACAUAUAAUGCACCAACGGAUAUCAUGGAUGAAGGAGGUGUUGUAUCAAAGACAGAAGAGCACAUGGCAUUGGAGGUACUUAAUCACUGGCAGGACAUCCAGCCCACUGGCUGUUACUUAAUGCCAGAACAUGUGGAAAUAAGACAGCUGGAAUUGCCCGACAAGAAGGGAAUUGAACAGGGCAAACUUCAUAUGUGGAUAGACAUGUUUCCAAUGAGUCUCCCUCCCCCAGCUCCACAUGUAGACAUCACUCCUAGAAAACCAAAGAGCUAUGAGCUUCGUGUGAUUGUGUGGAACACAGAUGAAGUAGUUUUAGAGGACACUGCAGCACUAACUGGUGAAAAGAUGAGUGACAUAUAUGUCCGUGGCUGGUUGACUGGUCCAGAGGAUUCACAGUCCACAGAUGUACACUACAGGUCUUUGACAGGAGAAGGGAACUUCAACUGGAGAUUCGUUUUUCCAUUUGAUUACAUGAUAGCAGAUGAAAAAAUUGUUGUGAAAAAGAAAGAAUUUUUAUGGGACAAUGCAGAGACAGAGGUCAAGCUUCCUGCCAGGUUAGAGUUGCAGGUGUGGGAUGCAGAUUUAGUCAGCAGGGAUGAUUGUCUUGGUCAGUUAACCUUGGACUUGAAUCGCAUUCCAAUGGGUUCCAAGCAAGCCAAGGCAUUGGAUGAAAAUGUGAUGAUGGACAUCAUGAAAGGCAAGAGGCGAACUGUCAGCUUACUGAAACAAACAAAGAUGAGGGGAUGGUGGCCUUUCACUGUGAAAGCUGCAGAGAAUGAGGAGCAGGAAUUUGAAAUGACUGGCAAAGCUGAGCUGGAGAUUCAGUUACUCACAGCAGAAGAGGCAGAAAAGAGCCCCGCAGGACUCGGAAGAGAGGAACCUGAUGGUUUACCACCACCAAACCGCCCGGACACCUCCUUUAUUUGGUUCUUAAAUCCAUGGAAGUCACUGAAGUAUAUAUUAUGGGCUAAUUUCAAAUACAAGAUUCUGAAGUUUUUCAUUUUUAUGCUGAUUACAGCAUUCAUUGCAUUCUUCAUUUAUGCUGCACCUGGUUACACUGCCAAGAAGAUGUUAGGCGCAUAGAUCUGGAACUGCAGCAAAAUUGAAAAAAAAAA